GUUCCACUAUUUUUGAGAGAAAUAUAAAUAAAACGCGAGAUUUUUUAUUCUACGUCUAAAAAGGCUCUCACACGAUUCGUUAAGAGUUUUGGUCUGUUGUUUAUCGCAAACCCUAGGUCAUGGCUGGGAUGUACAAUCAAGACGGCGGCGGAGGUGCGCCUAUUCCGUCGUACGGUGGUGAUGGAUACGGCGGAGGGGGAGGUUAUGGAGGUGGUGAUGCUGGAUAUGGUGGACGCGGUGCCUCUGGCGGAGGUAGUUACGGCGGACGCGGUGGUUACGGUGGAGGCGGUGGUAGAGGAAAUCGAGGCGGUGGAGGUGGUGGAUAUCAAGGAGGUGAUCGCGGUGGAAGAGGAAGUGGCGGCGGAGGCAGAGAUGGAGAUUGGCGUUGUCCCAACCCCAGUUGUGGGAACGUGAACUUUGCAAGGAGAGUUGAAUGUAACAAGUGUGGUGCACUUGCUCCUUCUGGUACUAGUUCUGGUGCUAAUGAUCGUGGAGGUGGUGGAUAUAGCCGAGGUGGAGGUGACAGUGAUCGUGGGGGUGGUCGUGGUGGUAGAAACGAUAGUGGUAGGAGCUAUGAGAGUAGUAGAUAUGAUGGUGGAAGUAGGAGUGGUGGUAGCUAUGGUAGUGGUAGUCAGAGGGAAAAUGGUUCGUAUGGUCAGGCUCCUCCUCCUGCUGCAGCUAUUCCAUCCUACGAUGGUUCUGGAAGUUAUCCUCCACCCACGGGUUAUGGAAUGGAAGCUGUUCCCCCGCCUACAAGCUAUUCUGGUGGCCCGCCGUCAUAUGGUGGUCCACGAGGGGGUUAUGGCAGUGAUGCACCGAGCACUGGUGGUCGUGGUGGUAGGAGUGGCGGCUAUGAUGGUGGUAGUGCUCCUCGACGGCAGGAAGCUAGUUAUGAAGAUGCAGCUACUGAAAAAGUCAAGCAGUGCGAUGCUGAUUGUGAUGAUAAUUGUGAUAAUGCUAGAAUAUACAUCUCUAAUUUACCUCCGGAUGUGACAACUGAUGAACUCAAGGAUCUCUUUGGUGGCAUUGGCCAAGUUGGAAGAAUUAAGCAGAAGCGUGGUUACAAAGAUCAGUGGCCCUAUAAUAUUAAGAUUUACACUGAUGAGAAGGGUAACUAUAAAGGUGACGCCUGUCUGGCUUAUGAAGAUCCCAGCGCUGCACACUCUGCAGGCGGCUUUUUCAACAAUUACGAAAUGAGGGGGAACAAGAUUAGUGUAACGAUGGCAGAAAAGUCUGCGCCCCGUGCUCCUACCUUUGACCAGAGAGGUGGGGGUAGAGGAGGAGGAGGUGGUGGCUAUGGUGGUGGUGGGGGAGACAGAAGAAGAGACAACUACAGUUCAGGGCCAGACAGAAACCACCAUGGGGGAAACCGGUCUCGUCCAUAUUGAGAGAAAGAGAGGAAUGAAUGAAUCAGCUGUUAUGUGUUCUAAGAGUUUUGUGUGUGUUAAGGAGGGAAUUUUAGUAAAAUGUUCUAUGAAUCCUCAUAUUGGAGAUACAAAAAAAGAGGUAGGUUUUUGUUCACUUUGACCUUGAGCAAAAUUACCCCUUUUUUCUCCCUACUUGUUCUGUUUCUUUGGGGAUCUAUUAUUCAUGCAUCUCCGGUUUAUUUUUAGUUUGUUUUUCACGAUGUGAAAUGUUUGUUUUUUGUUUUAUUGAAGGAAGCUGAUAUUUAACUGCAAAAUGCAUUGCAAAUUGGUGCUAUGAUGAUUUCAGGUGAGUGCAUUCAUCUUGAUUACUUCUUUCAACACCAGAAGUCCCUUUUUUGCUUCUCUUCCUUCUUUUUUUGACUCUGUUCAACACAAACAAAACAGUCGUAUGUUUUCAUGUUGUAUUGUGUAAUGCAUUCAUUUAGGCAACCACACUUCUCUUUACAAUUUUCGGAGUUGUUAUCGUUUUUUCUCGCAAACUUCUUUUAUAGCAACAUGUGUUCCUCGAGAAUUGGCAGGAGUGGGGGAUGGCUAGGCACUUGUGUCUGAUCAGUUGAUCUGAAGUAUGCAGUGACCUUUCAAAGAUCAACUUGAUGAUUUUAUUGCCAACUUCACUCACUGGGGCUAUGAUUAGGAUUAGGGUUUUACAAAUGAGUGGCCUUUUUUUGGAUAAAAGACGUUGUUAAUAAAUAGUUAAUCGUUCAAUCUGGAUCCCAAGGACUAAAGAGAAGGGUGUCUCGUAAAGUUCUCUAUGUGUAUAUGUCAUGACCUUUUGGUCAAGUGCCGGAUUGGCCAACUCUUUAAUGUGUUACAUGUAACGAAAGUUUAUGUUGAAAUUAUAGGAACAAAAAAGACUAAUGCCGAAAAUCCCAAGAGAAAGUUUAUUAAUGACUUGUUGUGUAGAAAAUAUGGACGAGAGAAAGAAUCCAGGAAAUUUGGAAUCCUGUAACAUUAGUUUCAAGAUUCCCAUUCUCAAUUCGACAAAGAGAAUCCAUCUUCUAACAUUGCAUAUUCACAGCUCAAUCGCUGGCUGGCUCUAGCACACGGCGAUAUUACUUAUUUACCAUCCCUUUCACACACAUAUUGGAUAAUAUACAUAUUCUUAAUAAAAG